CACAGGGAGAAGUAGAAGAUGGUGAAUUUCACAGAGAAUGUGACUGAGAAGUGCAAUAUUAAUCAUGAAAUCCACGAGACAUUAUCCCCUGUGGUGUACAUAUUUGUGUUCAUAUUAGGCUUGCCAGCUAACUGCCUGUCCCUAUACUAUGGCUAUUUACAGAUCAAGGCUAAAAAUGAGUUAGGUAUCUACCUUUGCAAUUUGACUAUAGCAGACUUGCUGUACAUAUUUUCUUUGCCUUUUUGGCUUCAGUAUGCUUUACAGCAUGACAACUGGACCUAUGAUGAGCUGCUGUGCAAGGUGUGUGGCAUCAUCCUGUAUGAGAACAUCUAUAUCAGCGUGGGCUUCCUGUGCUGCAUCUCCAUUGACCGCUACCUGGCCGUGGUGCACCCCUUCCGCUUCCAGCGCUUUCGCACCAUGAGGGCUGCUGCCAUUGUGAGCUGCAUCAUCUGGGCCAAAGAAAUCAUCACAUGCUGCUUUGUCUUCACACACGGGGAGAUCAGCAUGGAUGCUGAGAGCCACUUGGUGUGCUUUGAGCAUUAUCCCAUCAAGAAAUGGGAGCACAAUGUCAAUUACUACCGCUUCUCUGCUGGCUUCCUUUUCCCCUUCUUUCUGCUGGCCUUCUCCUACUGUGGGAUUUUACGAGUUGUCCACAAGAGUCCUGGCACCCAAAAGAAGAAGAAAAUCCAAAUUAAAAGACUGGUAUCAAGCACUGUUUUCAUAUUUUUAGUCUGCUUUGGACCAUACCACAUCCUACUUGUAGUUCGUAGCUUGUUGGAGAACAACUGCUCAUUUGCUGAGAAAAUAUUUAAUGUUUACCAUAUUUCUCUCCUGUUAACCACUUUUAACUGUGUUGCUGACCCAGUAUUGUACUGUUUUUCCAGUGAAAGCACUUACCAGAACUUUGUCAAGAUGAGAGACUCUUGUCUAACAUGUUUAGGCCAUCUGAGUACUGAGACAAAGGAAUCCUAUCCACUAAACACUACUGAAACUCCCAACAGAAAACAGCCUGAACAACAGCCAGAGUUAUUACAAAUACCACUUGAUGGUGCUGGAAUGAAGGACUGCUUCACAACUAAUGCAGACAGCCUAUAG